UAAACGACGGGCCGGACAUUUUCUGAUGACAGCGAAAAGAAUCAAACAAUUAAGUCACUAGACAAGUGUACUUAAUCAUGUGGCAGGUGAGUGAACACAGCUUUGUAUUAAACAGUUUUUAUUUUGACAGGAAGCCCCUCAGUGUUGAGCUUUCUGUCAGUGUCACUGCUCCUUUAGUAGGUGAGUUGCAGAUGGAUCUCACUGCUUUAUACAAUGAAACAGCAGCCAGUUAUAUAAGAUUAGUUAACUCCAAACUCUGUUUUGGAAGAAAAAAAGUUUCAAGAAAAUGUAAAACGAAACCAUAAAUAAAUGGACAAAAAAAACCCUGUGAAAGCAGAGGAGUGUGGGUUUGAGGGAGGGACCACAACAAGAAGCGACAGUUAGAAGUUCCUGGUUUGCAAACGGAGAAGAAAGAGAAGCAGCAUUAACCAUUAAGCCGUCAGAACCUGGAGAUGAAACUCUGUCACAUUUUGUUCUGCUUAAUCUUCCUCUACCUGCAGGAUGGAAACACUGGACUUGCCAACGCUGAAACUCUCGUCUAUGAAGGAGUGGAAGGAGGAAACAUCACAGUCGAAUGUAAAUUUUAUUUCCCAGGAAGUACGACAUUGUUCUGCAAAGACAAAUGUGAAAAAGGAAACGUUCUCAUUGAAACAACUGAUUACACAGCUCAGAGCGGCAGAUACAGCAUUACAUUUGUAAGAAAGAAUUUACUGUUAAAGGAUAUUGUGUACGUGAGCAUCACACAGCUGAACAAGUCUGAUUCAGGAUGGUACAGGUGCACACUGGACACAAGUUUACAACCAUGUGAUUUUCAGCUUGUCAUCACAGGAGCUACAAACAUUUCAACACCUCAUCAGCCUUUAUCAACAUCAACAUUUCUCCUGUCGGCCUCCACAACAACAACAAACUUCACUUCAGCAAGUUUCGUACCUCUGGCCUCCUCUGAAGUCUCCAGACAGCCUCAAACAGCUGCAGGUUCAGAUAAGCUGCUUCAUGUGACUCUGAUUCUGGUCGCUAUGAUCACCAUCUUAUCAGCAGCUUUGCUGAUUUUCUACAAAAACAGGAAGAAUAAACCAAAAGGAUCUUCUAUGAAAACUGAUCAUGCUGACAUCACACAGGCCAACUGGCUUUAUGGAAACAUCACAGAGGAUGAAACUCAGAACCGUGUAACUCCUGUGCGGGUGUCUUCAGUUUAUGACUACCCCGAAGGCUCGCAACCAGAUGGAGUUGAAAACCAAGAGCUCUACAGCCUCGUCACCGCUCCUCAGAACACAGUAAAUAGAAUCAUGGUUUGAUUUUAAACUCUGGCAUCAGAAACAAUGAUCGGUGCAACGUUUUGGGCAGUAAAGUAAUUCACUAGCUGUCUUGAUCGAUCUGUUAUACUGUCUCUUAUAUU